UGAGUGCAGUCCCUGCUUGGAUCUUCUACAAUAAUUUGACUUAAUUUGCACCCUGGAGGAAGACACUUUUGAACUGUGAGUGCAGAUACACAUAGGAGGUAAAUGCCGACUGAAGCUCCAGACUCACUGGUUCAGGCAUUAUCUCAGCUUUUACGGGACCAUGGAGAUGCAGUGCUGGACGGUACCCGUGUCCUGUCACUAUUCACCCCAUGCCUGCAGGUUGUCACACGCCUGUUUGAACAACUGUUUCCUCGUGGGCCAGGAAUUGGGUUCCAGGCGCUGCCAGCUUACCCUGCAGAUAAUGUUUCAAUUCUACGAGCACAGUUCCUUCUCGAUAUGUUGCAAAAAACACCUACACUUAAGCUAAUUCACCCACCUGAAUGUCCUCGCCAGUUUGAUGUAAAUAUUUUCCCAUUUAAGUCAUUACGACGUCUUGAGUUGCGCUCUCUCCCUCCACACUGCCUCCGUGGAUUGCGGUCAGUUUAUUCACAGCUAGAAAUUUUAACUUGCUCCAAAUGCAUAACCAGCUUAGAGGAAGUGAUUUCUCUGUGCGGAGGAGAUCUGAGCUCUGCCCUCCCAUGGUUGGAGUUACACACUCUUAACUUCAGUUACAACAUGAUUAGCAAUUUGGACAAGUCCCUGGAAUUAUUGAAUAUUCUGAAGAUUCUUGAUUUAAGUCAUAACCAGAUAAAAAGCUGCAACUCCUUUUUAAAGGUUCUUUCUGAGCUUCAGUACUUAAAUCUAGGAUAUAACCUUUUGCAGGGGGUACCAGAGCUUAGCUUAGAGGCCAGAACACAGCUUCACACCCUCAUCCUAAGACACAACCAACUGUCAAGUACCAAUGGUCUAGAAGAACUCAUAAACCUGCAGCAUUUGGAUUUGUCCUAUAAUUUGCUUGUGGACCACACACAACUCUCAGGCUUAGCCAGGCUGCAAAAUCUGAAAAAGCUCUUCCUUGAAGGAAACCCCCUGUAUUUCCACAGUGACUAUCGAGCGUUGAUUGUACAGCAUCUGUCCCCCAAAGCUGUUGACAAGGUUUUAUUGGAUGGGAAGUUGCUGUCGAACUGUGAGCUUAUGAAGGAUUUAGUUUCAGCGGACAGGGUUGGGCAGCAACCAAACAACUCUGCAACAGAAAGCUCCUGCACAGGAGAUUUUACGGAUAGCUACUCUGCUGCAGACAGAGCUACAACUCGUCUGCCAAAGAAGAAAUCCAAGGUAAAGGUUCGCAGGGCAAGUAUCUCUGAACCAAGUGACAGCGAGUGUGAGCAGCGAGGACAGACGAUUGGUCCUGUAUUACAACAUCAGAAAGACAUUGAGCGCACGGACAGUUUUCGGGAUCAGUUUGGUGUUGACUGGUUACAGUACCGAACUCACCUAGAGGACGAGCUAAAUCAGGAUUACACCACAAGACACAGUCCUUUACCUUCCCGACACACUCCUCCACCAGCCACAGUGAUGCUCCCUCCUGAAGUGAUGAGCACAGAUCAAAUAAGGAGCAGCCCCUCUCCUGUAGCAAUGUGCAGCAAUCCGGUACUUGCUAGGUCACUCAGCUCACAGCGUAGCACGGCUGGGGGAGAUGAGCCUGAAGCUGCAGAUAGGUUAAUAGAGAAAAUAGAAGAUGUCCUUGAGGAUCACUUGUGGGAUGAGCAGAAAUCAGUGUGUCAACAAGAGGAAGAGGAGAUUAUAGAAGAUGCAUUGUGCUCUCCUGUGACAGUGUGCCCAGUGCUAGAAGGGCAGCCAAGAAACCCUGACUGGCCUUGGGUUUUCUUGCGUGUGACCCAACAGUUCCUGCUAGAGAUAGAUCUGCAGCGGGGACAACUCCUAGUCAGACGAGAGCUGAGUAGUCUCCAGGACAUCCAAACCUCUACAAUACUUUGGAACUGGAAUGGAGAAGAGCAGGAGUUGCCUGUGCUUUGCCUUUGCUUUGACUCUGUAUGUGAAGAAAAGCAGAGUGUGAGCUACGUGGUGCUGGACAAUACCCCACAGAUUUCAAUAACGACACUGCUUGAAGUGUUAAGUCCUGUGCUGGAAAAUAACCGGAAACAAAAGGCAGAGCAUGCAGUUCGCCAGGAGUUGCAGUGUCUAAAAUGUAAAACUGUUUUCCAACAGCAAGAUGGUGGCCAUGAGGCAUAUAGAGCAGACAACAUAGUGCAGAGUGGAGUGAGCACUGUUAUUGAACCACAUACUACUUACACAGGGAAUGUCUGCUGCCCCUCCUGCAGUAGUUGCCACAUAAUAUUAGCACCUUCUCACCCAGAAGGAAAUUCCAAUACUCCACCACCUCCUGCAGAGGAGCCUCAGGAAAACAGUGGCAGGGAGGGCCUGAAAUCCUUCUACCUGGAAGGGGAGGAAGAUGAUCUGUCAGAAGCGGACAGCAGUACUGUGACUGCUCCAACAAAUGGAGAGAGUGUUAUUUUCUACAGCUUUGAGGCUGAGGGAUCCUCUACCCAGGGACUACAAGUCCCUUCAGACCAGAACGGGGACAGCCUCACCGGGAGCUACAAAUACAGCACCCCAACCCAAAUUCUAAAUGAUUGCCUUCCACACAACAGCUUGCAGAUUAGUCCAGUAGAACCUCUUCAUUCUUUAGAUUUUCGGCUUGUUGAUCAUCGCGUUAAGCUUUUCCUAGAUAUGGAGAUUCUGGUAGAGGAUAUGGAGGAAUUUCGGUAUUGUAUGAAGGUUCCAGUAGUUCGGUUUGGGAAGAUCGGGGAGUUCUGGGCUUUUGUUGUGGUAUCAAACCAGAAAAUCCAUUUCCUGGAAAUUAAUGGGGAAAUCAGAGGUGCUCCUUGUGAUUGGCUGCAGCCAGGGGAUGCACAGAGUCUCUCCUCUCUCACAUACCUGCAAAUCGGGCUUCAGCAACAGAGUUUGCACUUGGGGUUUGAUGGGUCUAGAGUUUCCUACACCCUUCUGACAAGAAAUCGCCAGUACAGCACUGUCUUCAGCAAGAGCUUGCUGGAAACCUUGUCAGAAUUACCGCCAAAAUACCGUAGCAGCCUCAUUUACAACCCUGAAGAGAGCAUCACAUCACAGCACUUGAUUUGGCCUCUCCUACUCAGCCAGGUAGGGACACAAAACACAAGCUGUCCUGAAUUUCUCUACUUUCUCGUUUUUUUCCAGAGAGAGGAUGUUGUGGCUCAGAAGUCUGCUGAAUCCUGCACAAAUUCUAUCUCCCAUGUGUCCCAAUGCAACACAGCAUCUGAUGUCUUAUUGGCUCAGGGGGCUGCUCGUGCUUCACCUGUGUCUCUGCUGCUCACCAAUACUAACAUGUACGUUUUGGAGGAAACCCACCAGCGAAUUAACACCCUGGCAGAAAAAGUUAAUGACUGUCCAGAGGAACCACAGGAGAAACUUCACAUAAAGGAAAAACAGUCGAUUAGCAACAUCAGCUCUGUGCAUCUGUAUCGUGCUGCAAAUUAUCACCUCCGCAUACAACUUUAUAAUGAGACGCAACAGAAUGAGAGUGCUUGGCUCCUGUGGACGGAAGACCCAGAGUUGCCCCAAGAGAUUGUGGAGUGGCUCCGAGUUCCAUGGGAGGCAGAAUACCACAUCCACUUCAACCAAAUAGUCCAUGACUCACUGUAAUGAUUGCUAUGUAGGGUGAAACCCCUCUUCCUUUAAUCCCCACAGCUGCACUAUAUGGAAGGACCUCUUUCAGUCUGCCAGUGUUUUCCUUGCCUGUGCAUACUUUAUGCUGUGUUACAGGGGACUUGGCUUGCCAGUUGAAGGAGGCCACUUCUCAGCUACUCUGUACCUGAGAAAUAAGUUUUGCACUUCAUUUUUAUAUAUAUAUAUCUUCUGUCUUGUUUUAAUGUAAUGUAAUAAAGUUUCUACUCCUUUUUUUAAA